GAUAUUUCUGGAUCGAACUUAGCUUUCCAUUGAACUUGAAAUUUACUCGUUAUUUUAACCAUUUACCCAAAUUGAAGGUGCCUUCACAAAAUCACGCUUUUUCACACAACUAAAAUUUUGGAAGAAGACACACUCAGACUCAGUGAGAAGAAGAAGACUCAAAACUCAACACUCAACAGUUAUGAAUUUCUGUUGCAGAGCUGCUUCUUCCUUUGCAAUCUUUCAUGGCGGAAAAGGUACUUUCUUUUCCCCUUUUCAAUUUCAUUUUCGAAAUUACUCUCAUUUCUCCAAUGCACGAGAUGCUGUUAAAGAAGAUCGUCAGUUGUUUCUCAAAUCAGUUAGAGAGCAUUGUAAAUUAGGGUUUUCAAAUCUCAAUUAUCCCCUUUCUCUCUUCCAUCAAUUGAUCUCUUUGCGUCCCCUUCCUUCUAUCAUUGUUUUCACUCAACUGUUUACUGCUAUGUCUAAAUUGAAACGCCUUCAACCUCACUCCACCCUCAUCUCUCUCCUCAGAGAGCUAGAGUUAUCUGGUAUUCGACCCGAUAUGCAUACAUUGGGUAUUCUCACCAAUUGUUACUGCCAUUUGGGCCGCUUUGAUUUCGGCUUCUCUCUUCUCGCCAAAAGCCUUAAGCUUGGUUACCCCUUUGAGGGUGAUUGUGUUAUCUUUACUACCUUAAUUAAUGGCUAUAUCCACUGUGAUAAGCUUCCUCAAGCUCUUCAAUUGCUCGAUCAAAUUUUUAAGCUAGGUUUCCAACCCAACAUUGUUACCUAUGGUGCUAUUUUCAAAGGCCUUUGUCAGAUUGGUGACAAUGCUGCUGCCCUUCACUUGCUUAAGAGGAUGCAUUCUGGUUGUUGCAAACCUAACCUUGUUAUAUAUAGCACCAUCAUUGAUAGUCUUUGUAAGGAUAGGCUGUUGAAAGAGGGCCUCGACCUGUUCACCGCCAUGAAAAGUGAGGGCAUUAUACCUAACGUUAUCACUUAUACCUCCUUAAUUAGAGGUCUCUACAACUCCGGCUCCAAGGUCGAGGCUAGAUAUAUGCUGGCUGAGAUGUUGGAGUGUAAUGUAGCACCAGAUGUUCCCACCUUCAGCAUGCUGGUUGACAUGUUUUGCAAAGACGGGAAUGUUGAUGAAGCACAAGCUAUUCUAGACUACAUGAUUGAGAGAGGUGAGAUUCCAAAUGUCAUAACUUACAGUGCUUUACUUGAUGGUUAUUGUUUGCGUGGUCAGAUGGAGGAUGCGGAAAAACUACUUGAUUUGAUGGCGAAGAAUGGUUGUGAGCCCAAUAUUGUAAGUUUCAACACUAUGAUUAAUGGAUACUGCAAGGCUAGAACCAUUGACAAGGCACUCAAUUUAUUCCAAGAAAUACUUCAAAAAGGAAUAAUGACACCUGAUGUUGUUACCUAUAACACUCUCAUUGAUGGACUAUGCAAAGUUGAUAGACUCCCACUUGUCCGUAAAUUGUUCAAGGUUAUGCAAGGUCAUGGAAUCUCUCCUGAUAUUGUUACAUAUGCUUCAUUGCUUGACAGCUUAUGCAAAAAUGCGCUACUUGAUGAGGCAAUAGAAUUACUUGAAGAUAUGGAAUAUAAUGGUGUUAAGCCUGAUAUUGUCAUCUACAAUAGCCUAAUGGACAGUUUGUGUGAAGCUGGGCAACUUGAGAAUGCAGUCAAUUUCUUCUCGGAUCUUGUAUUGAAGGGUUUGCAGCCUAAUGUUAAAACAUACACUAUUAUGACCAAAGGCUUCUGCAUGAAAGGGCUCAUGGAUGAAGCUAGCCAAUUGUUGACAAUGAUGGAGGAAAAUGGUUGUUAUCCUGAUGAUCGUACCUAUAAUACAAUUAUCAGAGGAUAUAUUGUCAACAAUGACUUAUCAAAUGCAUUCUACUACUCUGACCUUAUGGUUAGCAAGGGAUAUGAAGCUGAAGCUGAUACUUUGUCGUUAUUUAUUGGCCUCUUGUCUUCUGAUAAUUUAAGUGACUCGGCAAAGGACCAGAUAAGAAAAUUCAUCAAAUGACUUGAAUAAAAACAGAACAGGAUAAUUAUGACUAAGUUUUGGAGUUUUGAAUUGAAGAAGUAGGCUAUACGCAAUUGCUAUUUAAAUUGCUUUGGGAGAAAUAUCCAAUCGCAGCCUGUUACUGUUGAAGAGAACAAAGAUCGGAAGAAGAAAACUGUGAAGUGAAUUACAGCACGACAAUCAGUUGCUGUGGUCUGUGGAUGCUUAAAUUUCGCUUCCAUAUAGGCAACCUUUCAUGCAUGCAUACAUCUUAUACGUAUUUGUCCAUUAUUUGAUUGCUUAAUAGUUGUAGUUCCUGACUUAGAAAAGCUGAAAUAACUUCAACUUGAAAAGAUACCGAGGGAGCUAGGAGGGAUUCUAGUGGCUGUCAAGCAAAAAACUGAGACCAGUCAUGACAUAUUAAAUGAUCUUCGUCUGCUGCAAGAACAAAACCCUACUGAAGAAACAAUCAUAGUAUGCCCUGUUAUAUGUACUUGAGAUCACUUCCUUUAAA